AUGGAAACCCUGCUAGACAGCGAAACGUUAAAGAACUACGAAAAGGAAACGAACGAAUACAUUCGCAAAAAAAAAGUGGAGAAACUGUUCGAUGUUAUUUUAAAAAAUGUCCUGGUAAACAAACCGGAAAAUGUGUACCUGUACAUAUACAAGAACAUUUAUUCCUUCCUUUUGAACAAAAUUUUUGUGAUCGGCCCUCCUUUGCUUAAAAUUACUCCCACCUUAUGUUCUGCGAUUGCCAGCUGCUUUAGCUACUACCACCUCAGCGCCUCGCAUAUGAUCGAGUCUUAUACGUUGGGUGAAGUAGCUGACGCUGCAGAGAGUUUGACAAGCAAAAAGUUAGUCAGUGACGACUUAAUCUGUUCCAUCGUUAAAAGUAAUAUAAACCAGCUGAACGCGAAGCAGAAGCGGGGGUAUGUGGUUGAAGGGUUCCCCAGCACCAAUCUUCAGGCAGACAGUUGCCUACGGCAUUUACCGUCCUACGUUUUUGUCCUGUACGCCGACGAAGAGUACAUUUAUGAGAAGUACGAACAAGAGAACAACGUAAAAAUUUGUUCUGACAUGAACAGCCAAACCUAUGAUGAAAAUACACAGUUGUUCGAAGUGGCCGAGUUCAACACGAAUCCGCUGAAGGAUGAGGUAAAGGUCUACUUAAGGAACAUCUCAGGGGUGAUCACCGUUCUCGGCGACCGUAAGGAGGUGCUAAACUUGCGCGACUACGACGAAAAUCGCUUAAUCGAGCACAAUACGAUUGGCCAGACCAAGGAUGAGUGGAACUGUGUGUUUGACGAUUAUGCAAUGGAUUGA